UUUCCUGUGCGGAACCGUCCCAAUAUCAGGAAGUUUGGGCGGUGGUUGACGAAGGGAAGCGCCUCCUGUCUGAACGUAAUUUUUUUGUCGAAGGGUACCUGAAAGCCAGCCAAGAUGUCCAGCAAACGCGCAAAGGGAAAGACCACCAAGAAGCGCCCCCAGAGGGCCACGUCCAAUGUCUUCGCCAUGUUCGACCAGUCGCAGAUCCAGGAGUUCAAGGAGGCCUUCAACAUGAUCGACCAGAACCGCGACGGCUUUGUGGACAAGGAGGAUUUGCAUGACAUGCUGGCAUCCCUCGGCAAGAACCCGACAGAUGAGUACCUGGAGGCGAUGAUGAUGGAGGCGCCAGGGCCCAUCAACUUCACCAUGUUCCUCACCAUGUUUGGGGAGAAGCUCAACGGCACAGAUCCAGAAGAUGUCAUCCGGAACGCCUUCGCCUGCUUCGAUGAAGAGGGCACAGGUUUCAUCCAGGAGGACUACCUGCGCGAACUUCUGACCACCAUGGGUGAUCGCUUCACAGACGAGGAGGUGGACGAGCUGUUCAGAGAAGCUCCCAUCGACAAGAAGAGCAACUUCAACUAUGUGGAGUUCACCCGCAUCCUCAAGCACGGAGCUAAAGACAAGGACGAUUAAUAAGAUUCUGCUGCUCUAGUUUGGCUUACCACCCCAUCUCCCCACCCUUAAAACCUCCUCCUUUCCUUUCCUCUCCUUCAUCGUUUAAUCCAUUUCUACCCCAUUCCAGUUAGAGCUCUGCAUGACUGCUGUAAACUCUUUGGGAGUCUCAUCAUGCAACAUGAUCACACAGAAGUCCGUGAAAUUAGGAGGAACCAUUGUGACCGUCUCUGGCAGUUUCAUGGAUUUUGCCAAAAUGUUGUGGUGGGGCCCAAGGAAGUGCUUCUAUGCUCUGUUCCCACAGUCUUAUGUUCUCACGUGUGUGUUCUCAGGAUGUUUCUUUUCUCAAGAUUUAAAAAAUAAUAAUUCUCUAAAACAUUUCUUCAGGUUAGGGUUAAGGGUUGUUUUGAUCUGGGCACACUUUCAAUUGCUGUAGCAUUGUUUUGUUUCACAGAAUUGGUAUCAGCCGACUGGAAAAUGUAUGCUAUUUCACCACCGGUGUGUCAGUUUUCUAAUGAUAGACUUUACAUAGUGCUGUGGGAACAUGGGCAAAUCCAUGACCAACAAAGGAUUUUGGCAAAAUCUGUGAAACUGCCACAGAAUUUGUUUUCCCAAGGGUCAGUGUUCAUUCCACAGAUUUCUCAGAUCAGGCUAACGUAUAGUAGGGGUACUUGCUAUCGAAGCUGUGUGUGUGUGUGUGUAGUGUCACAUACUUCUAGUUGCAAGAAUGCCUCCACCCCAGCUAAAGGCGGGUUCCUGCUUACAGAUGAAUACCAGUUUCAAUGUGAACUUGAUGACAGGGAUAAUUAUGGAAACACCUCUGGUUCAUGCGUAUAGGCUUGUUUAGCUGAAUUUUUACAUUUUGUAAUAAAUAUGGAACUUUUAAAAUAAAUCUACUGUAUCCAAA